GUCAUGGAGAAGCUCCAGCUGGGCCCCGAGAUCCUGCGGAAGGAGAACCCCAGGCUCAUCUAUGCCAGGCUGAGCGGGUUUGGCCAGUCAGGAGGAUUCGCCACGGCCGCAGGCCAUGACAUCAACUACUUGGCUCUGUCAGGUGUCCUGUCCAGACUUGGCAGCAGCGGUGAGAACCCCUCUGCUCCCCUGAACCUGCUGGCUGACUUUGCUGGUGGCGGCCUCAUGUGCGCCCUGGGCAUCGUGAUGGCUCUCUUUGAACGCACGCGCUCCGGCAGAGGUCAGGUCAUCGACGCCAGCAUGGUGGAAGGCACAGCAUAUCUAAGUUCUUUUCUGUGGAAAACUAAAAACCUCGGGCUGUGGGAACAGCCUCGAGGGGAGAACCUGCUGGAUGGUGGGGCCCCUUUCUACACAACGUACAGGACGGCCGACGGGGAGUUCAUGGCUGUUGGCGCGCUAGAACCCCAGUUCUACCAGCUGCUGGUCAAGGGUCUUGGGCUAAAAUCCGAUGAACUUCCCAAUCAGAUGAGCAUGGCUGACUGGCCAGAGAUGAAGAAGAAAUUUGCAGCUGUGUUUGCCAAGAAGACAAAGGCGGAGUGGUGCCGGGUCUUUGAUGGCACAGAUGCGUGCGUGACUCCGGUUCUGACUUUCGAAGAGGUUGCCCAUCAUGCUCACAACAAGGAGCGGGGCUCAUUCAUCACUGAUGGGGAGCAGGGUGUGAGUCCCCGCCCGGCGCCUCUGCUGUCAGACACCCCAGCUGCCCCUUCUUUGGAAAGGGACCCAUUGAUAGGAGAACACACUGAAGAGAUACUUAAAGAGUUUGGGUUCAGCCAGGAAGAGAUCGAUCAGCUUGACUCAGAUAAAGUUAUUGAAGGCAGUAAGCUGAGAGCUAGUCUCUAAAGUCGCUCAGCGCAAGUGAGUCUGAAUACUGCAUAUAUAGAAUGGCACACACAGCUGUGUGCAUGGGAACAUGAGCGGACAGGCCCGCAGCGUUCCAGCUUUUCUGAUUAAGAAACAGUAAUGAUCCGUCCUGAAAAUGGUUAACACCAAGUGGCUUUUGAUUUAGGAAUGUUUUUAAUUUACCCAUACUAAAUUAUGGCACUCUUUCUACCUUGAUAGAUUAUAUUUGUUGAUAUUAAAACACUUAAAUAUUUAUAAUAUACUUUAAAUGAAUUAAUAUAAUUUUUUAUCAAAUAAAGCUUUUUUGCCCUAAACUUGUGAACUUUUAAGUCUGAAAAACUUUCAAGAAAGUCCUAUGAAGUAGCACUUAAAUAGCAUAUUGUGACUCACUGAAAUGUUUUUGGUUCUACUGUUUACCAAAACAAAUGUCUGUAGAUAGAAAAGCCUGAUCCUUUUAGUUUGAUAAGGAAGCUAUUCAGCCAGUCUUGAAACUUCCUUCGGAUCACCCACCCCUGCCUCUAGACCACCCUCCUGAGAGCCUGCUUCCCUGUGCGGCUGCCUGUUAGCGUCAGCCACCCAUGGCUCUGACUCAGUCAACUGCACUGUCAUGCACUUGCCAGGCCUCGCAGACUUCUUCCUGUCACCAGUUUCUGGUUUCCAGUCCCAUCACGUGUCCCUCUGCCCCUGUAGGUCCUGGCUGACCCCUCACUUCACUUAGGCCACUGCCCAGGUGCCACUUUACAGGAGUCCUUUCCGACCCCUUUCUAAAGUCACAGUCACGUUAUCCCUCGCUACCUCCACCCCCCACCCCAGUUUUACUUUUCUUCACAGCACACAUCACUGCUAACCCCAGCCCUCACUCCCUCUGAAGCACUGCAUGCUAGACGGGAAGCUUUAUACAGGAUCUGUAGGGUUUAUUCAUGCUAAACCCCCGCUCCUAGGAUGGUGCCCAGCCCAUGGUGGACACAGGGAACAUGUAUUAAAGAAUGCAAGUCAGUAGCGAUGUGCAGCCAGUCCCACCUCCACAGCCCUAGUGCCCGGCCCCCCGCCCAUUGCUUACUCAUUCCCGCCCUGUCACCGCUUCCCUGGACUGCUGCACAGCUUCCUAUUCACUUUGACUUCCAGUGUCAUUGCCUUCGUUUAUUUCCAUCGUGGUUUUGACGCCAGGCUGGUCUCAGGGCUGGAAAAGUCUUCAGUGUUCCUCUUUUUUCUUAUGGGAUAACAUACGAACUCAUUCAUAUAGCACAUCAACCCUUUAUUUGUCAUAAGACUUCCACCUAUAAUUGUUUUUAGUGUAGUUUACAUAACUCUUCACUAGGCCACGAACUCCUAGCACACCAAGGAAUCAUAUGGAGAUACUGUUAAAACAUAUCUGGAUCCCAACCCUAGAGAUUUGAAUGCAGUGGGUCCAGGGCGGAACCCAAGAAUUUGCAUUUUUACCGAACUUUCUUAUAUUGCUUCCAAGUCAAAGGCCACACUUUGAGUAGCACCGUUGUAAUGGAUAUGAACCAAGUAAUUUUACCUUUUUACUGUCAUAAGGUGCUAAAAAAAUCUGUUGAAUAGAUUACUGAGGAAAAGGAUAAAAAUAAGUUGGCAAAAACUUGUAAAUAAACAGAUGGGUUGGCUUAGAGUAUUGAUUUCGGUGAUUGAUUAACUUUGUAUAAGAUGCUGAAUGAAAAGUUUUUUGUAGGGUGUGAACUUUUAGUGAACAAAUAUAUAUAAAUAAAGUCACUAGCUUUUGUUGGUGACCCAUACUUUUCUUCUGAAGAGUUUAAGACCUUGUGCAGAAAAUGCUAUACUUUCUCUUUUUUCUAGUUAUCUUUUGGCAAACUGUAGAUUUAGAAAUAAGCAAGGGGGCAGGUAAGAGGAUGGAAAUUCUAAUGAAAGAGGGAUUACAUUCGUUUUGUUUUACUUAAUUUGAAAAAUUAAAUUUAUUGGGUACAUUGGUUAAUAUUACAUAAAUUCAGGUGCACAAGGUCAUAAUUUGACAUCUGUGUACUCUAUUGUGUGCUCCCCACCGAAGUCUAGUUUCCUUCCAUUGCCAUACACUUCACUUUCCCCUCCCCCUUCCCCCGGGAUAACAGGCAUUCUGUUGUCUGAAUCCGAGUUUGUUUUUGUUUUAUUAGUUGGUUACUCUUUGUUUUAUAUGUCACAUAUGAGUGAAUCAUAAAGUUUUUGUCCUUUUU